CUAAAUUACUUCCACGUACACAGGCAGAAGGCAAAUACAUUCUGCGGAUAUUUUAUUUUCAAUUAGUCAUCUUUGCUUCAUGGAAUGUGUCACUUGUGUCCUAACCUUUCAAAUUUCUUAUGAUUGAUAAUCAUGGGUUUAAAAAAGAAAUUGAUUCAAAGGUGGAAAAGAGUGUGCAGGAGAUGCAAGAAUGGAGGACGGAUAAACCAGGAACAAACUGAAGGCCUCUUAGGUGACCAGGAAAAGGCUGAAAAUGACGUAAACCUUGACGACAACGACACGGAUGACGAAGAGGGUCCACAUUGUUGCUUGACCUUGAAAGAAAUGGCGUGCAACUGUGAACGUUGUAAAGUGCUGGCGAAGGACUUCUGCUCAGCUGAGAAUGCCAAAAAGAAAUUCCCAAUUGUACAAUGGCUGCCAAAAUACAGGCUCGAUACUCUGCAGUGCGAUGUAAUAGCAGGUUUGACUGUUGGUCUGAUGGUGAUUCCACAGGGUUUAGCUUAUGCUCAAGUCGCUGAUCUUCCUCAACAGUAUGGCUUAUACUCUGCCUUUGUUGGUUGUUUUAUCUACUGCUUCCUCGGCACUUCCAAAGACAUCACGCUUGGUCCCACUGCCAUUAUGUCACUCAUGACAGCCGCAUUUGCCAAAUCUCCUGUGAAAGAUGACGCCACCUAUGCCAUCGUUUUAUGCCUCAUGACAGGGCUCAUUCAGUUUGUAAUGGGUGUUUUUCACUUAGGUUUUCUUGUCAGAUUUAUUUCCCACCCGGUGAUAAGUGGUUUCACAACAGCCGCAGCAAUUACGAUAGCAAUCGGUCAACUAAAGUAUAUCUUAGGUCUUCAAAAUAUAUCCAGGGAAUUCUUGCAUAUGGUUUAUGACCUUUGUGUGCACAUCCCAGAAACACGCUGGCCAGAUGUUGUGAUGGGCAUUACGUGUUUCGUCAUUCUCGUGUUUAUGAAAAAGAUGAAAGAUUUCAAUUGUUACGGACCAGAGGAAGAUAUGAACAAGUGUCAAAAAGUGGGACGAUAUCUCAUCUGGUUGCUGUCUAUUAGUCGAAAUGCCUUGUUAGUUAUUGUCUCAGCAUUACUGGUCUAUGGGCUCUCCCUGCAUGAGAUUAAACCCUUCAUUGUGACAGGAGAUCUUAAACCCGGUCUUCCACCCUUCAAGCCUCCAGCGUUUAGUGUUGUUGACUAUGGUGUCAAUGGAACGGGUAAUGGAACCACAUAUACAGCGGGGGAUAUCUUCUCUAGUAUUGGAACUGGCUUCUUCAUUGUGCCAAUUUUGGGUCUAGUUGAAACGAUUGCAAUAGGAAAAGCCUUUGCACGGAAAAAUAAUUACAAACUUCACCCUAGUCAAGAGUUGAUAGCAAUCGGCAUUGCUAAUAUUGCUGGUUCGUUUGUUGGGUCAUAUCCAGUCACUGGUAGUUUCUCCAGGACUGCUGUUAACUCCCAGAGUGGGGUCAAGACACCUCUUGGUGGAAUCUUUACAGGUGCCCUUGUGAUGCUUGCCCUUGCCUUCCUUACUCCCUGGUUCUACUAUAUUCCAAAGGCGACCCUCGGGGCCGUUAUUAUUGCUGCUGUGAUACAGAUGGUUGAUUUCGGCAUCUUGAAGAAAAUGUGGAAAGUUCGAAAACUUGAUCUCAUUCCAUGGGGUUUUACAUUCCUAUUUUCCUUUUUGCUUGGAAUAGAGUAUGGUAUACUUAUUGGUAUUGGAGUCAAUCUCCUUAUGUUGUUAUUUUCACAAUCAAGACCAUCAACAAUAGUGAUAAACAAAGAGAUUGUAGUUGUUCAAUUUGAACUUGGUAUAACAUUCCCGGCUAUUGACUAUGUGGCCUCAAAGUUGAACAAAGUUGCAUUUAGAACGGACCCUCCUAAAAAUGUCAUCAUUGACUGUAGUCAUCUAAGUACGAUAGACUACUCAUCAAUUCAUGGCUUCCAUGAGAUUCUAGAAGAUUUUUACUCAAAAGAUGUUACCAUAGUGUUUGCUUGUUUAAAGACUGACCUUCUUGACACUUUCCUAAAAUCAGAAUUACCCCACUUCCGUCAUGCGGGGACGAUCACUGAAGCAUGGACUAUGAUUGAAGAAACACAUGACGUCGACGCGGGUCAGUCAUUGCUGGGAUCAGAUCGGUUGAGACAUGUCACAGGUUCGAUGAAUGAUGCAGAUUGCAGGCAAUCUGCGGUCGAUGGUGACAUUCCGCCAACACUCCCGCCAAAUAUGGUAAUAAUUGCGGAACCGUACCCGUCGGCAUCUGAUGGUGCUAAUUCACAAACUUCACCUGUUAUGGUAUGAUAUGAUAUGCAUGUUUGUUCUUGUUUGUGUUUAAGUGUCUGUACAUCUUUGUCACAUUUAAGUGUUUUGUAUUACUUCAGUCAUCAAUUUCAAAAAGUAGCAUUCACCGGAAAUCACCCGAAUGUACAUGUAGCACUCUCUGUGAAUGGUUGACUGUAUAUCAGAAAGGUGUCACUAAGAUCAAUGUAGUUUGCGCUCCUGAGCCCAUAAUAAUGUGAACAGAACAUAAAAAUAGAAAAACGAAUGUACUUAAUUAUAAAUUUUGGGUCAUCAGCAGUGUUUAGUUAAAAGAGACAAACAAACAAAGGAAUUCUGUGACAAAACUUUGUGUCGUACUAUUUUAUUUCAAUGUUGUUUCAUGUUGAGCUGAAUUGUUGCAUGUUAGGUUGUGGGAUGUUUUGUCCUUCUUUCCAAACGAAUCCCAAACGAAAGUAUUUCCGGAGGGCCUUUGGUACGUCUGCUAACCAACUAAAAUGUCAAUGAUCAUGCAUCCUCCUAAUGACAAACCUGGUAAUACCAACUACUGGUACAUGUACAUUGUAUAUUAUGUUGCUUGAAGGGUAUGCCAUUUGUAGAAUUUGGGAUUUGUUCCUGCAUGUGUGUAUUAGGUGUAUGUGUCUGCGUCAUUUAGACUUAAAGUUUGUGUGAGAGGAGACCGGUAAGUUAUAUUGACAUAUAGUACUAGUAGAACUUCCCUUGACGAUCACCUAGACUGCUAGCGGCCAGAGCUGACUCUCAUGAGGUUUCUGUACAUGGGGCGAUUCUAUAUGUAUCGAUGUAUAUUCAGAGAUGCUCCAGAAGCUAUUUGAAUCAUUCGAUGAUCACAUGACUGUACAGAAGCGUUCUCAUUUAAGGGUAGUGAUGGUAAUCUCUCAAAGAGGUGGCCAUUUUUUUAGGGCUUGAUAUCAUCAAUGGAAAGUUCUACUGUGCUCUGAACCUCACAGUUUUAUUUCUGUGGUAGUUUUGUGAUUGUUUGCUUUUCAAUGUGAUCCAUUGUACCAUUUUCUGGCCUGUAAAAUAAUGCGAAAAAUCAUGAUACCUUGGGCCUUACAUUGGUUAAUUGGACCAAAGCAGUCUGUCUGCCUUGAAACCUAUAUAUGAUUUAACUCAAGAAUUAUAUGAAAAAGCGAGUCUUGAUUACUUGUUGAUGUUAAACAUGUUGGAACACAUGCUUGGAAUAGACUAGAUUGUGUUAUGAAAUCAUGAAAAAAGCCUUUAUUGGAGGACAAUGAAACUAAUCGACUGAUAAAACCAUUACGCUUUUUGAUUGUGUUCAAUUUGCUGGUAUAAAAUUGAAGAAAAUAUGUGCUUUUGUUUGUCAUAAUUUUUGAUAAUCUCUUAUACAUCGUAAAUAGUCAUUGAUAUAAAAUGAUUCCAACCAGGUGAAGUGGACAGUUAGAUGCAUAAUUCCUAAUGUAAUACAUCAGAUCGAUGUAAUAUUGUUUGAUACUGAAGCAAGAUUAGCAUGCUACUCUUAAACUCCUGAGGCAGUCCAUUCGUCAUCCUGUUCUCACCUCCUUCAUGUACAUAAAAGGUGAGGAACAAGCCCGUGCACUGCAUCCAGAGUGUAGCUACUCUUGACUAUAAAGCCAUAAAUACAUACUUGGAAAGGGUUGUGUAAACUGCCCAGGAUAUGGAGUCCUUUAGUUGAUUCUGAGUUAAAAUUUGGUAAAUCUGGGGGUUUUAGCAUUCCAACCAUUGUUUCAAUGCAAAUAUACUAAUUAUUCAAAUGCAUAAUAAUUGUCGUGAAUUAGUGAUUGUAAAUACGUGUACUACAUGUAAUAGACUACUGAAUAUUUAUCAAAUCUUACCAUCUUUUGCGGAAUGAUGUUUAUUCUUUUUAUUUAGUAACAUAUUUUGUUCACUUCAAUAGAAAAUUUGUCCACCAAAAUACUAUAUUUUUGUAAUGAAAAUUCUGCUCAACUUGAUAAGUACCUUGACACACAGUAUUAAGGAGGUACAGUGAUUUUUUUAUUGAUGAUGCUGAUAUAUCUGAUAUACUUUGUAAAUAUACCAUACAUAUAUAUUUAAAUAAUAAACAGAGAUUUUGCUGAUUGGCGAA